CAGCAGCUGCCGGGGGGCCGGCAUUGGAAAUUUUAGUUUCAAGUCGAUUGGAAUAAAAUAAAUUAAAUAAAAUUAUCUAAGCUCCGAAGCUUCACUUCAACCGCGGGGUGACUUCGAUGAUAAUUGACGAGUACCUAAGGUAGGGUAGUUACCUGUUAAACAAAAGCUGGAGUUAUGUCGAGAUAUUCGGCGCUGAGCGCAUUGUGCGCGAGCAAUGCCGCUUGGGAAUCUGCUACGAGGAGGAUAACCGCAUCUACACGGCGGACCUUCUCGUCUUCCACCCGACGAAAUGCGGGCAUCGCACACUUCACACCAACCUCGUCCUCCGAGCUCGACGAACUCCUCGGCACGAUCCGGCACAAGAUCAUCCUCCCCGCGUACCUACCGACGGAGCAGCGCAAGAAGAUCUUCUCGCCGAAAUGGGAGAAGAGACUCCAAUCGGACCCCAUCAUCAUCGAGAUCGACGGCGAGGUUCUGAAGUUCCGAUACCAGAACCCCUUCAAAGACGUCCCCCAGACGCGGCGCUCCGUCCUCGACGCCAUCGCGCUCUUCGAGGCCCCCGAGGACUUCGCCAACCUGCGCCCUCUGAUCGAGGGCGUCGCCUACGCGCGCCGCCGCUUCGACCCGGGCUUCUACUGCAAACUCACGCGCGUACUCGGCACCAAGGGGCGCAUCUUCGAAGUCAUCGAGCUGGCGCGCGGGGUGGCGCGGACGGGGUUCCGCCUCGACUCGAGCGAGAAGGUCAACGAGGUCAUGCACUUCGUCGUGAUGAAGGCUGUCGACGCGAACGGGGAUCCGGUAGUAGAAACGGUAAACUUUACCGACGAGAACGGGGAUCUGGUGGAAAUAACGAAGGUUAGGGAUCCGGUGGAAGAGACGGCCAAGGCUCUACGAUGGGCCGAGAUAGUCCUGGAGCUGCUGCAGCUGGAGGAGCAUCAGCCGAAGCGUCUGAAGACCGACCCGGUGGUCGAGGGAGAACUGCCGCUGCACAGGGACCCCAUGGUCCUCCUUGCGCCGCUGCAUAUCGCUGCGGCGCUGGUGUCGAAGCAAGGCGACGAGGUCAGCGAAGCCGUAGUCGACAAGCUGGUCAAGCACGCGCGGGACGUAGUUAGGUUAUGGCCCGAAGGCAAGAAGCUCCGCGAAGUGCAGCCGCAGGCGCUAUACGAAAAAUACGAGAAGAUGGGGUACCUAAAGAAUCCCAACAAGUUCCUCGCCAUAACCGCGCCUCUGCUACGGGGUCUCGACAUAGCCGUCGAGGUCCUCGAGGCCGACAACGCGGAGCUCGCGGCGCAGCUCCGAUCCCGUCGGGAUGUUCUCGCUGCUGAGGUUCAAAAAGCGCGCGCGAAGGUGAGCGAGAGGAUGAGGCAGGCGAGGGAGAAGAUGCGGGAGGCGGGCGAGGAGGUGGAGGAGGCGGGCGAGAAGAGGGGGGAGGCGGUGUAUCAGAAACUAUAUGGUAAUGAUGCAUGAAAAGGAAUAAAAGAAGGGAGAAAAAAAUACAAAAAAUUACUGGCCUUGUACAGGAGUCAUGAUAGAUUCAGAUCUGAUCAUAUCAGAUCAGAUCCGAUCAAAUGAUGUGUAUAAUACCGCCGCCGCCGCUGCCACCGCAAUUGUACUUGUACAUAUAUACAAACAAACUGAUCGAUAUUUACCAACAAGAAGCGUGCCU